UGAGGCUGUGUUACAAUUGACGAGACACUUGAGGCGACAGGAUCCAGUCUGAAGGAAAGGAAACAACCAGGAAGUCAAACACAAUAGGAAACAACUUGACUCGGAGGACAUUCAAACUUCCACGUCUCCAAAAGGCUUUUCAAUCAAAGAUUUCAAUCAUUAGCGUCAACUUUAAAGUGAGUGGCGCCACCGGUCAGAGGACUUCUUCUCCAACAAUAUGGACAAAGAUGCGGAACGGGGAGGCGUGGGGACUGAAUUAGAGCCUCAGGACAAGGUGCAGACCUUGAAGGAUCAGGUCGAUGGGGUGAAAAACAUCAUGACGGAGAACGUGGACCGGAUCCUGGCCCGAGGAGAGAGGCUGGACGACCUCAUGGGAAAGUCCGAGGACCUGCAGGCAGGGGCUCAGCACUUCAAACAGACUUCUGUGAAAGUGGCUCGCUCCUACUGGUGGAAGAACGUCAAGAUGGUCGUGGUCAUCGUGGUGAUCGUCCUCAUCAUCAUCCUGAUCAUCAUCCUGCUGGCCACUGGAGUCAUCCCCAUCAGUUCUCCAGCGCCUCCUGCGCCUCUUCCAGAAAUUACCACCGUCAAGCCAGGAAAGUGAUGUACAGAUAUCACUGCUGUCUGGUGAAACCUUUCAUUCUUCUUAGUUCGUUUCUACUGGUAACUUUCAUGAUAAUAUUGGAUUUCAAGGACUUCAUUAGUUUAAGGCACUUUAAUGACACACAAUUUUUCCAACCCAAUACCGGCCAUUGAACUUGUGUGAAAUUAAACAGAAAUCUCUAUAAGGUCUAAGGCGUUCACCUGACACCAGGAAAAAAACACGUGUCACUGUUCUUAAAGGACAUUUCAUAGUGUUACCAUCCCUGUUUCACCACCAGCAGUUAUUUCCACCUGGCAAAGAAGAGGUCACUGUAAUAUGUGUGGAUGGAAAUAAUUCAUCUUUCUAGUUAUUCCGUUUGUCACCUAAAUGCACUACAAAGGACAGUUUGUAUAGUUGAAAAGAGGAAAGAUGCUGUGUACAAAAACAUUUUUGACCUUGGAGAAAUCUGUAAAAAAAAUUAGGUCAUUACAUAUAUUUAAUGAAGGGCUUAAUUGUGUGCUGGUUAUGUAUGCGAGUAUGUCCUUUAAAAUGCUUGCAGCUUUGUAUUCAGGCAUAUAGAGAAAUAGUUAUUGAAUGUAAAGCCUGCUUUGGUUCUUGAGCUACUUAACUGGUGUUGAGGUGUUUCUGUUCUGUUGCUAGAUUGGGGUCAAAGUUACAAAACUGUUUUUAUGCACAAAAACAACAGCUGUAGUAGGUUAAACAUCACAUAACAGCGUGCAGUAAGGUUCAAAAUACCAGCAGUGACUACUAUACAGAAUCCGGUUUAUCUCUCAAAAUACGGACAUCUGAGUUUGAUUUGGGCCAUGAAAGUGAAGAGAAGACCUACAGGUGAAAAGCAGCACUGCAUUUUGGAUUUACGUCUGAGUGGUCCUUUAGAAGGGAUUUAUACAAUUAUGCUGUGCAGAAUCAUCAGUCUUUUAAAACUGAUCAUUCUUUCCUUCGCUGUGUCUUAACUCUAGAAAUACAGCAACUUGAACUCAGGCUUCAGUGGUUCAUUUAAAAGAAAAAAAACUGAAACCAUCUGUUGUGGUGUCUGAGGAUAAGGCUCCUCGAGCCAGCCAGCUGAUGGAGACAAUUUGCAGCACUUCCAUAGCGCCCCCUGUUGGGUUCAAACAGGCCCUUAAAAUUAGAAAAUUAUAUCCCAACACAUUUUUUUUUUUUUUUUCAGAAAACAAGUCAGGCACAUCCGUUUCUCACCUGCGACCCUGCUCUGGUGUUACAGAACCAGUUUAGUUUCAAAGAACUCCAAGCGCUGGCCAUUAUGAACUGUACAUAGUCAUAAAUACUCUCUCCUCUAUGUAUAUGAAAGUAUCUGUUCCUUAGAGGCUAUUUAUUAAAAGCAUGUUACUCCUGUUCAAUCUUUUUUAAUCAAAAUGGAAGCUGUAUGUGAUUUUUGGAUUAAAAAUUAGUCCAGAUUGAUUAAUUAUAAUAGUAGCACAGUUAAGUUUUUCUGCUGUUCAAUCAUUUUCUAGAUGUAGUUAUGAGAAGGAGGCUCUCUUGGAACAGAUUUCUCAAUGUGUGCCUUUUCUUUCUUUUUUAACAGCGCCUCCAAGGUGCAGUAAUCUACAUCUCAUUACCUUUUUAACACGCUCCUACUUCUUCGAUCAAUGCUGUAUGUUCACGUUUCUGUUCAUACAGGCUCAAGCUUCAGAAGGUCUUUCACUGCCGAUGUUUUUUUAUUACAAUGCCAUUAACUGAGGGUCUUUAACUGGGGGCCCAUGGCAUUAAAUGGAUUUUAUGGUCUGAAAUAAAAGAAAAUUAUAUUUUC